CUUCAGCUGUUGACGUGUUGACAUGUGUAACACGAGUUCUCGCAGAACUACACUUCCUGUUGUGUGCGCGUGUGAGUGAGUAAACGUGUGUGUUCGAGUGUGUAACGAGCCGUUUGCUCGCCAAUUCGCCUCGACUACAGAGACCAAGCUGCAGCCAGACAACUCGAAUGACGCUGUCAGGUACCGAGGCUGAUGACGCACCAUUCACUGCUGUGGAGUGUGUGGAGAACCAGAAGAGAAAAAAACUGCAGGGAAAGUUUUCUGCUCUGCUGUUAACUAAACUAGUUGACGUGUGCGUGUGUGGAUGUAGUGUCUGUGGAGAGCCGUGAUGCCCCUGGAGGUCAGAUGGCCGUUCCCACAAUGCCCUGCUCUUGCAUGGAGGAUCUCCGGCUCCCUGAUCAUGGGCAUGGUGGGCUCCUAUUCCUACUUCUGGACCAAGUACAUGAACUGUUUGACGGUCCACAACCCUGAGGUUCUGAUGAACCUGAUCGACCAGAGACCCUCUGAAACACCCCUCCUCACUCUGUCCAAUCACCAGUCGUGCAUGGAUGACCCACACAUCUGGGGUGUGCUAAAGCUCAGACAGCUGUGGAACUUCAACAAGAUGCGGUGGACCCCGGCAGCAUCCGACAUCUGCUUCACCAGGGAGCUGCACUCCAGAUUCUUUAGCCGUGGAAAGUGCGUUCCCGUCUGCAGAGGCGACGGUGUCUACCAGAAAGGUAUGGAUUUCAUUCUGGAGAAACUGAACGGAGGAGAAUGGGUGCACAUUUUUCCAGAGGGCAAGGUCAACAUGACUGAAGAAUACAUACGAUUAAAAUGGGGUGUGGGUCGGUUGAUAGCAGAGUGCUCCCUCAAUCCCAUUAUCUUGCCGCUUUGGCAUGUGGGUCUGAGUGAUGUUCUGCCCAAUGUGAAGCCCUACAUUCCUCGGACUGGCAAGAAAAUCACUGUCCUGGUGGGGCAACCGUUCAGUGUUAAAGACCUCGUGGAAUCCCUGCGAGCCGAAAACAAGAGCCAGUUGGAAAUGAGGAAGACCGUGACUGAUUUCGUGCAGGGGGAGUUACGGAGCUUGAAAGCCCAGGCUGAGGCCCUCCAUGGGCAGAUACACACCAGAUCCUGAGUCCCAGCCAUGCUGCUUUAACCUGCUCUGCCCCUCACAGCCAACCACACCGACGAACCUCUACCCAGUGGUGAUCAGAGCAUGUGUGGUUUAACACUAUUGGUCCCAAAACAAAUCAGUGAGCAGCUGCUUUGUCAGAAAAGGAAGUUGUGCAUCAGUUUGCACUAGAGUUAGACAAACUCACAAUGUAUUAAUGAAGCAGAAGUCACGAUCAGCUAUGAUCUGUUUUCAUGCUCCACACACCAAGCAACAGUGGAAGGAGCUGGUCACUUGCUGCUCCAACCAGUUCCAAUACUCCCUGUAGUAUUUAAAAAAAACAUCCAGAAAGACGGAUAAUGCAUUUUUGAUUUUGAUUGCAGUCAGUGCCAACCCCUGUGACAAAUACGGUAUGUUACAUUUCCUGUGGCUGCUUCACAAUAAAAGCCUUCCUGUAUUUUGUCAGUUUAGCGAAGCUCCAGCGGUUCGAGUCCUGCUCUGAUACAGCUAGAGAGUGAACAGUAAACAGUGAGGCUGAUCUCAGUGAGUGAAAUUACAGUGACACUGGAUGACAUGAAGGCAUCAUUUCUAGUGAAUUCCUCCUGCUUACAAAGGUGAUUUCAAUACAGAAAUGCAGACUCUACGAUCACAAAUAAAAACUACCUUAUAGGGCAGUAACCACAGAAGGAAAAUUACAUUUUUGCCAUAAGCACAUAAUGUAGAUAAAGUUUAAGAAUGUUGGAAUUUGAUGUAAAAUAAAAAAAUGAAUAAAUAUCAGAUAGUGAACAUAAUUCAGGGCUUUUGCAGAAUUUUCCGAUGCUAACGUUUGUCUGGUGUUCGGUUUGAAUUAACCUGUUUCCCAAUUUUUGGACAACUUUACACAAAGCUGCUGUUUGUUCAAAUACUAAAUAUUAGUAUGCAUUUUUUUUCAUCCGUGCAUGUACACAUGGAGUGGUAAUUUAUCAUCUAUAAUCUUAUGAAGGUAAUCAGGAAGUCAAAUGCCAGAACGACACAUGCAGAGUCGAUGAUUGUUUGGAUAUGACGAUGUAACUGUACCGGUAUAGUUUUUUCAUUAAUUUAUUUUUCAGCUUUAAAUCGGUCACCUGCCCAGUCAUACUCUCCCUAACAUCACCAUGUUCCCUGCUCUCUCUCUGUAAAUCUCUAGUUCCUCAAUUGUACAUUCAAAUCAAGUUCAAGUUAUUUCUUAAUAUUGUCGAUAAUUUCCUUUUCCGACACUUGGAAAAUGUAAGGUUUUCUGUUGAUCCUUUCAACUCAUCGCAGAUGUAUAUAACUCGUUUUAUCACAGAGAUCGGUGUCUUUUAUAAAGGAGAAAAGGCAAGGGCUAAGUGAUGUUUUCUCUAUAAAUAAAAUUUAUUAUUAUUACUAUUAUUAUUAUUACUUACUGUGAUUGCCACUCUUUCCUACUAUAUGUGAAUGUCAAUAAAAUAAUUGACUUUUUUACAUUUAAA